CAGACAUGGCAGCACUGAAGCAGGAGCAUCGUUAUGGGCUUUCCUGUGGAAAAAUCAACAAGAAUUCCCAGAAUAAAACACUUUAUCAUGUCAAGCUUACAGAUACUGCCCUCCGAGCACUCGAAGCCUAUCAGAAUCUCAAGGGGUCUUUACCAAAUCAGCCAUCUAUUUGCUUCAAAGAAAACCAAGGGUACAUCAAGAUUCCUGCUGUGUCUGCAGAUCCCCAUGGUGCUCUGCGUGUUUUUUCCUUUUAUCUGGACAAGCCUCAGGCUAGCUUUGACUGUAUUCACCAGUAUGUCUCCAGUGAUGGCAGGGAGCAGCUGGAGUGCCAAGGCAGUAUUCAGGACAAGAUCACGGUGUGCGCCACGGAUGACUCCUAUCAGAUGACCCGGGAACGAAUGUCGCAGGUGGAGAAGGACAUCCUGAGCAGAUCAGCCAUUGAGAUCAAGCCUGGACCAACGUAUCAGAGUAAAUACUCCAAGCUUCAGCGGAAACUAGGCCCGAGCUCUGGCUCAGACGGCUUCAGCAGGUAUUCCCCCAAUAACAAAAGGGUGAGCACACAAGGCGUCCUGACCCAGAAGCCACUGCGGGAUCGCGUCAUUCACCUGCUGGCCCUGAAGCCUUACAGGAAACCAGAGCUGCUGCUGUGGCUGGAGCGUGAAAGAGCCAGCCCCCGGGACAAAGUUGAUCUCGGCUCUGUGCUGGAGGAGGUAGCCAAGCAGAACCCCAAGGACCAAAGCUUCACCCUAAGGGAUGAGUUUUAUAGGCAUGUUCAGAGGGACUGGCCAGGCUACCAGGAAGAAGAGAAGCAGUUUAUUCACAGGCUGCUGGCAAGGAAGUUGCAGCCAACGGUGAACAGUAGCCAGUCAAAGGGUUUUCAGCCAAACCCUUCAAUGCACAAAACCUCAGGCGAAUCACCCUCUCAUCUCAGCCCUGUCAAGAAUCCUGCAGUGAAACGCCCAGUGCCUUCUGAACUGGAAAAUCAGACUCACAAGAAGCCCAGAGUAUUGGGGCAGUGUUUCCAUCCACAUCUCUCCAGCGAACCCCUGAAUCCCACAGGAGUCAACACUGUCCUGACCUCUCUUCACCCCAGUUUACAUGCCAAAACAGAGUCUCAGAGCACGAGCAACCAUGUCUCGGAGAGCCAAAAUGCUUUACUUCCAAGGCCGAAGUUCAGUGGCUCCUCGGAGGUCCACAAACCAGAACGAGUGGAGCAACCUCCAGCUGCAUCUGGUCCCAAGGCCCCCGGGACCAACCGCUCUGUUGGCACUGAGGAGCAGCAGCUCCCCAGCAGCCAGCACAAGAAGAAAAAAUCCAAAAAGCAUAGAGAGAAGGAGCGGGAGCGUGUGAAAGACAGUGAGAAGAGCGAAUGGCUGGAGACCAGUCCGGAUCAAAAGCACAAUUUGUCAGCUCUUAAUGAGCAAGAGAGUGCAAAUACACCUGUUAGUCCUCCCCCUCCGGAAGAGCUGCCUGAUUACUUACUGAAGUACAGUGCCAUAACAGAUCCAGAACAGCGUCAGAAAUACAAGGAGGAUUUCUGCGCAGAGUAUGACGAGUAUCGGGAUCUGCAUUCCAGGAUCCAGAGUGUCACAGAGGUGUUUGUUCAGCUGGGUUCAAAAAUAAAGACACUGUCACCUGGAUCACAAGAGUAUAAGAUUAUGGAAGACCAGAUAUUGGAGAAAUACAGAAAGUAUAAAAAGAAAUGCCCUGGCUAUCGGGAAGAAAAGAAGCGCUGUGAAUAUCUGCACCAGAAGCUGGCACGCAUCAAGGGCCUCAUAAUGGACUAUGACCAAGCCCAGAUGACUUCAUAGCACUGGUUUACCCUCUGUGAAGCAAUCGGGACCAAAAAAAUGGCACCUCAAAGACUCCAUGCUGGGUUACAGCCAAGUGCAAAGGGUCUCCUGGCACCCUCUGUGGUGCAUGGACUGUAUGAAUUUGCAGGGGAAGCACUCCCUUCUUGGAUCCUCAAAAGAUGAAAUGCAUAACUAUGUUCACGUCAUAUUCUCUGCCAUUCUGUCUGGCUACUGUCAUAAAAUCUGCCCCAGUUUAUUUGGAAUGGCCUAGGACAUACCUGCAAUGAUUUUUAUUUUUCUAUAGGUACAAUGUAUGUUAGAUUCUGCAGGGUGGGAUUUUGCCCACAUUUCCAGGUAUAGCUUUUCUCUUUUGACCCAAGAUGAAAGACCUCAUUCAUGCUAAGGAGCCCCUUUUGCCAUGGAUAACUUAUGACCUUUCCACUGUCAAUUAUUUGCCAUAUUCUGGGUUUUGAUAUUUUUCUAAAAUUUAAAAAUAUAGACAACUUUUAAAGAGUAAGUUAAUCAUUGGAGAUGGUUACUGUAUAACCAAAAUUUUUCUAUAUAUUUUCUAAAUCAAAACCCCUCUCAAUUUGAUACUCUGGACUUCCAUCCUAAUAUCCAUAAGGGCAGAAUCUCCUUCCAAGCUAUAAAUUGGGAUGAAGGGGUGGGUACUCUUUGUGUAACCCAGGAUCUGGGUCAAAGAAAUUAUAGCUUUAAAUGUGUAAGCUUAGCCAUGGUUUAGUAUUGUUCAUAUUUUAGUUCAUAUUUUAAUUCAUAUUUUAACAUUAUUCAAGGGUCCAUGAAAACAUUUUUAAUACAGCAGUUACUGCUGGACUUAUCAAAUACUUUACCUUACAUCUUAUGUCCUUAAUGAAAAAUAAUGCAUAGUCUUUCAACCUAAUAGCACAGAUUAGAAUUGAGGAAAAUGGCUCAGAAGAGCUGUAUCAUUAUUAAAUAACGGCUCAGUUUACCAGUGUGCUAAAAUAUCGUCUUAUUGUUCAUUUAAAGUUUAUUCCUGUUUUGCUGGCAGAAUUUCAAAAUGUAGUAGCAAUGCUCAUGUAAGACUUUGAGGGCAUUAUGCUUGACAAUGUUUAUUUCAGCUUUAUGCAGCAGUUAAAUGCAAGCUGAAAUGGAUCUAAACCAGAACUGUAAUUUUUAAUUCUCUGAAGUUCAGAAUGUUUUGUUUGGUCUAACUUUUUUUGUGUAAUGUGUGAGCCAAAAUGGAGGGACCAAGUAUCAAAGUCAUAGUAAAACUGUUCUGACACAAGUCCUAAGCUAAUGAACCAUGUGAAGUGUUUUUGCUCUGUGUAUACCUGAUUUUUUUUUUU